GCCAAGGUGGCGGACUUUGGGCUGGUGAGGAUGGGCGAUGAGAGCACGGGUGACACGACACGCAUUCUCGGCACACCGGGCUAUGUGGACCCCGCAUACUCCAAGUCGCGCAAGGCCGCCCCCUCCAACGACGUGUACAGCUAUGGCAUAGUCAUGUUGGAACUCUUGACAUCCCAGAGAGCAAUUGUCCAGGAGGGAGAUCACAACAUCAACAUCAGGCAAUGG